AUGGCGGUCAAGCGAUCCAUCGCAUCGGAGACCGAAGUCUUAGGCGACAUCAACAAGAAAAGACGGCGACGGACAAAGGACGUCGCCUGUCCAGCAUCAAUCGAGGCAAACAACAAUGACGUAAAGUUUUCAUGCACGUUUGCUACAGCGUUGGAAAAGACAGAGGCCCUAUUGAAAAAGACAGAAGCCCCAGUAAGCACUACUACCAUGCAGGACGCUGUGCGUGUGGCGAUACUGGUGCCGUUUCGCGACAAUCAUCCGACGCAACAUCGACAAGCGCAUUUGGACGAGUUCGUGCCGUACAUGACAAAGUUUUUGCACCGUCAUUGUGCUGCAAAGAGUGCGUCCUUCCACAUAUUCAUCUUGGAGCAGUCACUGGAUGGUCGCAAGUUUAAUCGAGGCAAGCUGCUUAAUGCAGGCUUUGACAUGUCUCGCAAUGACUAUGACGUUUACAUUUUCCACGACGUGGACCUACUACCUGAAGAUGAUCUGAGUGAGUUUUACACCUCAGUACCACACGUAGGACCUAUGCACAUUGCGCGAGUGUGGAAGCGUUACAGCGACAGCUCGAACUACUUCGGCGGCAUUGUGGCGUUUACACGCCAACAGUUUCUCAAGGUGAACGGAUUUCCCAACAACUUUUGGGGAUGGGGUGGAGAGGACAACGAGCUUUACUGUCGUGUAGUGCGCAAGAACCUCAUUGUCCAAACACCAACGAGCGGUACAGUUCGAGAUCUAGAAGCCAUGAGUCUAGAAGAGAAGCUGACAGUACUACGUAAAAGCAAAUGGAAGUGCACUGUGAAGCGCGAGCUACUGAAGGAGCAUCACCGUACAUGGAAGAAAAACGGACUCAAAAGUCUUCAGUACGAAUACGUGGAUGCUGAGGCGAUCAAUGAGCACUGUACAAAGAUCACUGUCAAGCUAGGUCCAAACGGGCACUGGUCGGACUCAAGAUCGUCUCUAGAGCACCCAACAGGUCCAGAUCAAGACUUGGCUUCGUCUAUGGUGCUUACCAUCCCAACGACUUUGAAAACAAGCUCUGACAUUGCUGCAAGUAGUAAAUCUAAUGCAAAGGACACGAGUAAUGCAGUGGAUAGUGUCGCCCAUAUUGGACCGUCCAAGAAAUAG